CACGCACCUCUCCGCUUGGCACCACGCAUCAGCUGAUCGCCCAAACAAACACAACAUCCCCGCCUCCCGCCGCAAAUCUGUCCUUACUACUCUACUCUUCCACCUCCAGAGCUUGUGUUUACUGACAGCCAUGGUUCUAUACACGUACCAUAAGGAAUGAGAACACUGUCACGAAUGUACAGAUGCGGACAGAGCGUAAUGCCUGUCUAACACCCUGAGAGAGGCGAUGCUCUAGUGGCCCGAAGUGGUGUGUCUCGGCGACAAGAAGUGAGAGGCUGCACUCUGAGGCCUGAACUUAUUAGGCGGCCAACGAUGCGGCUUCCCGUGCACACGCUCCGGCACGCCCUUAAAGUAUACUGUGGGAUGUUCCUCAGGUUUUCUGGAUGGUGUACAGCAAGAAACCAUCAACAACACUAUAGAUGUUGGUCUUCCUCAGUGGGGAGCAAGCAGAGCAUUGAGGAUGUGGCCACUUAUAUAAAGCACCAUGCAAGCAACAUCCUAGUCAUGGUUGGUGCUGGCCUGAGCACAGCAUCUGGGAUUCCUGACUUCAGAUCUCCUGGGACUGGGCUGUAUGACAAUCUUCAAAAAUAUGAUUUACCAUACCCAGAGGCAAUUUUUGAUAUUCAGUUCUUCAUGAUGGAUCCUCGUCCUUUCUUUGCUUUGGCUCAGGAGUUGUACCCAGGAGUUAAUUAUAAACCCAACGCAGCUCAUCACUUUCUGAAACUGCUGCACGAUGAGGGCAAGCUGCAAAUGGUUUACACGCAGAACAUUGAUGGUCUUGAAAGAUUGGCUGGAAUACCUGAGGAAAAACUUGUAGAGGCUCACGGCUCCUUUGCAACAGCUUCAUGCACCCUCUGUGGUAUGAGGCACGAGGCUGCCAUGGUGAAACAAGCAAUAGUUGAAGGAAAUGUGCCAAUAAUGUGUGAGGCUGCCAAGUGCAAGGGUAAAGUGAAGCCAGAUAUUGUAUUUUUCGGUGAGAACCUUCCCCAUGUGUUCUGGGACUACCACCUGCAGAUCCCAUUUGCAGACCUAUUGCUGGUGAUGGGCACAUCCCUAGAGGUGUACCCAUUUGCUGGGAUUGCUGAUGCCAUGGGACGCAAAACACCGAGGGUUCUCAUCAACCUGAACGCAGUGGGAAGUUUUGGCUCUCGGGACAGUGAUGUGGUGCUGGAGGGUGACAUUGUGGAAAAUGUGAAGAAACUUACAAGUGCUCUUGGUUGGGAAGAAAAGCUCAACAUCCUUGAAGAAGGUUACAGUACAAGAACCAUACCUAAUGAGGAAUAAUUACACAUUUCUGUCUAUAUUUGAUUUCUGAAUGUGAUUUUUUACUCAUACAUUGUAAGUUGAAUAAAGAAAUUUGCAGUUUU